UGCGGGCAUCAUGCAUUGCCGUGCUCCAAUCGCAUCAGAAUUGAAUUUGCUUUAAAGUGCACAAGUGAUACACACAAGCAUCUACACACAAAAAGAUGAAUCCGGCAGAGUUCACGGACAAGACCAACGAGUACCUGCGCAAUGCACAGGACAUGGCCGAGGAGUUCGGCCACUCGCAGCUCACACCGUUGCACGUGGCCUACGCGCUGUUCGACGACAAUAACGGCACGGCCAAGCGCGUGGCUGAGCUAGUACACGGCAACGUGGCUGGCUUCAAGCAGGACGUGAUGUUGCAGCUCAAGAAGCAACCAAAGCAGACUCCCGCACCCGAUUCCGUCGGUGCCGACUCGGCGCUUAUGAAGAUGCUCAAGUACGCGCACAAGAUGCGGAAGGACAUGAAGGACUCGCACCUGGCGGCUGAUCACCUUGUGAUGGCGCUGUACAACAACUCACAGGUCGCUAGUCUGCUCAAGAGCAACCAGAUGGAUGAGAACCAAGUCAAGGAUGCAGUACAGAAGAUCCGAGGCGGACGACCUGUUACCAGUGCCGCUGCAGAGGAAAACUAUGACGCACUCAACAAAUACGGGCAGAACUUGAUCGAGCUGGCUGAGGCUGGUAAGAUCGACCCUGUGAUCGGCCGAGACGAGGAGAUUCGACGCGUGAUCCGCAUUCUAUCGCGACGAACCAAGAACAAUCCGGUGCUGAUCGGUGAGCCCGGUGUGGGUAAGACUGCAAUCGUGGAAGGACUAGCACGUCGUAUCGUGGUGGGCGAUGUGCCUGAGUCGCUCAACUGCAAGCUCAUCAGUUUGGAUAUGGGCGCUCUGAUUGCUGGCGCGAAGUACCGAGGCGAGUUUGAGGAGCGUCUGAAGGCUGUGCUGAAGGAAGUGAAGGACAGCGACGGCAAGAUCAUCCUGUUCAUCGACGAGAUGCAUCUGAUCCUCGGUGCUGGACAAACCUCAGGAGCUAUGGAUGCUGCGAACCUGUUGAAGCCCAUGCUAGCACGAGGAGAGCUGCGGUGCAUUGGUGCUACAACGCUGGACGAAUAUCGCGAGCACGUGGAGAAGGACAAAGCGUUCGAACGUCGUUUUCAGCAGGUUAUGGUGAAGGAACCGUCAGUCACGGACACGGUGAGUAUUCUGCGAGGCCUGAAGGAGCGGUACGAGUCGCACCACGGUGUUCAGAUCAUGGACGCAUCUUUGGUGGCUGCUGCCAAGCUCGCCGACCGCUACAUCAAGGAGCGCUUCAUGCCCGACAAGGCCAUCGAUAUCAUCGAUGAAGCGUGUGCGAAUGUUCGUGUUCAGUUGGACAGCCAGCCAGAGGUGAUUGAUGAACUGGAGCGUCGACAGCUGCAGCUUCAGGUCGAGGCUACUGCUCUGGCGAAGGAGAAGGAUGCGCUGAGUAAGGAGCGUCUGAAAAAGGUGCAAGAAGAGCUGAACAAGAUCCAGGACGAGCUCAGUCCUCUGAUCCUCCGCCACGAGGCGGAGAAAGCUCGUGUGAACGAGAUCCGUCAGCUGCGUGAGAAGCUGCAGCACUUGCAGUUGAAAGCUGAGCAGGCCGAACGUAACCAGGAUCUACAGACCGCUUCUGAUCUACAGUACUAUGCGAUCCCUGAUGUCAAGCGCCGUAUCGCCGCUGCAGAGGAAGCGAAGAAGCGCGAGGAUGAAGACGAGAUGCAGCACAAGAUGGUCGAGGAGGUCGUGCGCGAAGAUCAGAUCUGCGAGGUGGUGGCUCGUUGGACGGGAAUCCCAGUCUCUCGUCUGACGUCGAGUAUGGGUGACCGUCUCAUGCAUCUGGAGGAGCGUAUCCACAAGCGUGUGGUCGGUCAAGACGAAGCAGUGAAGGCGGUGUGCGAUGCAGUGCUUCGUUCGCGUGCAGGACUCGCUCGUUCUGGACAACCAACGGGCAGCUUCCUGUUCCUGGGACCAACGGGUGUUGGUAAGACCGAGUUGGCGAAGGCUCUCGCGUAUGAACUCUUCGACGACGACAAGCACAUGGUGCGUAUCGACAUGAGCGAGUAUAUGGAGGAGCACACCGUCUCCAGACUCAUCGGCGCACCCCCAGGAUUCGUCGGGUACCAGGAAAGUGGCCAGCUAACAGAAGCUGUGCGUCGUAACCCGUACAAUGUGGUCCUGUUGGACGAGAUCGAGAAGGCCCAUCCGAAGGUGCUGAACAUUCUACUGCAAGUGCUGGACGAUGGCCGUCUCACGGACUCGCACGGACGCACAGUUGACUUCGCCAACACGGUGAUCAUCAUGACGUCCAACAUUGGCGCAGAGCAUUUGCUCUUUGAGAACGGGUUAUCGCCGCGUGCCAGCAAGAAGAUCAAGACGGAGAACGACUUUGUUGAUACCGAGAGCGAGGCCAAGCGCGCGUUCGCCAAGCAGCGCGAGUUGGUACUGCAGCAGCUGCGUCUCACUGUUCGUCCAGAGCUGCUGAACCGUCUGGACGACAUUGUCGUGUUCGAGCCUCUGGGUCGCAAGGAACUGCGCCAGAUCGUGAUGCUGCAGUUCGAGUCGGUCAUCAACCGCCUGAAGGAGUCACAGAUCUCGGUGAACGUGACGACGCCAGCGCUGGACGUGAUCCUGGACGAGUCGUAUGAACCGCAGUACGGCGCGCGUCCCAUCAAGCGAUACAUCGAGAAGCAUAUCGUGACGGACCUGAGCAAGCUCAUUAUCUCCGGCCAGCUCCAUGCCAAGAGCCACGUGGAAAUCGCCGAGACCAGCGGCAAGCUCUCGUUCGACGUCUCGAACCCUGAUGCCGACGUUGAGAUGGCCCCGUAAUCAGAAGAAGUUGAUCCAUUAGAUAUAUGCGUUUUUUUUUACAGUUAAGAAGCAGUGAAUAAUACAUGUUGAAGUGAUUGAUACA